ACACCUUCGCGAUCUCGUCGUCUCCUUUUCUCCUCUCUCUCUCUCUCUCUCUCUCUCUCUCUCUCUCUCCCCCCUCUUCUUCGUCUCCUCCCCUUCUCCGCCGCCGCCUCCUCCAUUUCCCCUUCCUCUUCCAUUCCACCCCGCUCUCGCUCCGUCCCCCGACCCCCUCGUCGAUCUCGCGCUCCUCCCGCGUCCCGUGGCUUCCCCAAUCCGAUCUCUUCUCCGCCUCUGUCGCGGCGUUUGGUGGCGAUUUCGCGGUUGUCGCCCCGGAUCGAUCCGAUUCCGAGGCGAGGAGCAGGUGAUUUGUUGUUGGAGUUAAGGAUUCGUCGAUUUGGUGCUGUUUUGUUGUGGCUUUAAGUCGUUUGUUUCUCGAUCGGGGUAGUGGAGUUAGGGUUUUGGGGGGUGCGGUACGAGAUGCCGCGGAGCUCGCGCCACAGGUCCCACAGGUCCCACAAGAACAGCUCCAGGGACUGGUCGGAGUCCGAGGAUGAGGGUAGCUCGAAGGAGAGGAAGGCAAGGGAGGAGGAUCCGGCUAGGGUUUCGAGGGAUGCGGAAGCAGAGAAGAGGAAGUCGUCGCAUUCGUCUCUGGCGAAGGACCUGGUUGUGGCCAGCAAUGGCGAUUUGCCUGGGGAGCAUGGAAAGAAGCGGAAAGAUGGCGGUGGUGAUGAUCUAGGGGCGGAGAAGAGGUACAAGGGAGAGGUUUUUGGGCCUGAGGAUGUGGAUAAAAGCUCGAAGUCGAAGCUUUCGGUUAGCGAAUCAAAAAGCAGGUCCAGCAGAAGGCAGGAGGAUUCCACUGAAAGGAAUGAGGAGAGUGGGGGAAAGGAAUCAUCAAAGCGGAGGUCGGAGAAGGAGUCUAGCCGAAGAGAGAGUAGUGCACAGUAUAAGGAUGAGAAGGAGAAGGACAAGGAUAGGGAGCGAGGGUCCGACAGGGAUAAGAAGAGCCAGGAUGCUAAGCAUGAGAGAUCUGAGGAUGUUGUAAGUAGGAAGAGUAGUUCUAAAACAGACAGGAUUGAAGAUAAACAUGUUCCCAAGCGAGAUGUGGAAUUUACUGAAAAAGAGCCUCAAAAACAUACAAGGAGAAGAGAUGAGUCUGAAGACAAAGAUAAACGGCUGGGCGAUGGUAGGGAGAUCGAUGAUAGAAAACAUUACUCAAGAGAUGAUCACUCAAAACAUAGAAGCUAUAAAGACCAAGGCCAUGACGAUGAGAAAUAUAAAGAUAAAUAUGAUAAAUAUGAAAAAUACGAUAAAUAUGAUAAAUACAGGGAUGACGCUGACAGGGAUAAAAGAUAUCGUGAUGAGAGGCGUGAAGAUGAGCGCUCAAGAGAAUAUACAAGCAGCAAGUCUGAGUACAGGAGCUCUAGGGAUGAGAAGAAGUCUUCAGAGAGCCGCUACAGAAAGAGUAAAUUGCAGGAUGAAGAUGCUUAUGAAAGCAAACACAAAGAUAACAAUAGGAGGAAAAGAUCAUCUGUCGAAAGAGAGGAUGUUUCUGAUUUCAAGCCUCAAGGUGUGAAAGAACCACGUAUAGAUGUGGAAAGAAUUGGGUCAGAUAGUAGGUCUUCUGAUUUCCAUGUUGAGAAGGCAAUGCCGGAAUAUGGACAUUCUGAGAAGGUUGAUUCUGGUCUGGGUGAGAAUCGUCCAAAAAGCUCUCCUAGCUCGAGUUCUUAUCACAGCAAAGGUCAAAGCAGGCACAACUCUAAGCAGAUGGAUUCUGCAAGGAAACGAUCACCAUCAGAGGAGAGAACUCGCUCCAGGACAGUGUCUUCAGGAGAGCGUACAACUGCUUCUAGACUCCCUGCAUGUGACUUACCGGAAAUUCUAGAAUCUUCGCAAUAUACAAGGACACCAAGAUCAACUACCCAACCCUCACCGGAUGACAUAACCACAAAAUCGCCAUCGACGAGCGAGCGACGGUUUUCAGAUUAUAAAGUCACUCCCAGGCGUAGCCUCGAUACUGAGAUAGGACAUAAAAGCAGCAACUUCAAAGACAGAAAUAGAGAAGAAAGUGAAUUCCUGGAGAAGCCAAUUAGCUUUGACCAUUCUCAAGCUGAGGCUCGUGAGCGAACUCCUGCUGUUUCAUCCUUCAUUAACAAACCAACUAAUAGCGAUAAUCCCCCUCCGCCACCUUACAGAAGAGGGCGUGAUGAAGAUGAUAGCAGAUCUCAAAGUGGAGAUUGGAAAUCACAUUUUCGACAAAAAAGGAGUGAUCUCAAUUCAGGAGGAUGUGGAAAUACUUGGAAUAAUGCUCCUACUUGGCCAUCACCAGUUGCUAAUGGUUUCAUCCCCCUCCAGCAUGGCCCGUCUCCUGGAUUCCAUCCUUCUGUCCACCCUUUCCCUUCUCCGCCUAUGUUUAAUCUCAGACCACCAAUGGAUUUGACACACAACGGGGUUCCUUAUCACAUGCAUGAAGCGGUCGAUAGGUUUUCUGGCCAUGUCCGCCCCUUUGGGUGGCAUAAUUCAAUGGAUGGUUUGUUUAAUGAUGAACCCCAUAUUUAUAAUAGGCCUCACUGGGAUCAGAAUAGGUCUCUUACAUGGAAAGAGCAAAAUGGUAAUCUGGAAUAUCCGACUGCUCAGAGAGAGCGAGAGUAUGCUCGAAGUGAGCAUGGAUCAGAGUCGUUGCCAACUGAAAGCAUUGAAGCGAAGAAUGAUGCACCUCUAGCAAAGAUUGCAGAGAAAACUCUUUAUGAAGAUAAAACUGAAUCAAUUCCUGAAGCUUACGAAAAGCCGGGUGAUGAUAAUGCCAACUUUAUUAAAAAGUACCUCUCGAGGAUCAAUAUUGCGCAUGAUUUCGUUGCUUCAGAAUUGUACACAAAGUGUAUGGCUGUACUGGGAGAAUUGGAUGUAAAACUAGAGCGCGAUGUGUCCAAGGAUGGUUGCUCCCAGGAGAAUGACAAAGCCAAUAAAGUGGAAAUGAAAAGGAUGACAAGUAAUACCCUCCUGCCCACGCUUUUUCCUAAACGGAGAGAUGCUAUUUUCCAGAGAGCCAUGUCACUUUACAAAAAGCAAAAUGGAGUAAAAGCGCCGCAACCCGCUACUCCGGUUGUUUCCAUGGAAGCAGAGAAAGAUUCUCCUGAAGCUCGAAAUGAGGAAAUCUCAGCAACAGCUGAUCUAGCUCUAGUAGAUAAAAUACCAUCAGAGAGUUCUCUUCCUGCCGGUAACAUGGAAGAACCCGUCCCAGCAAUCCUUGAUUCCACCGAGAGUGCUGAUGGUUUGGGCGAAGAGAAUGGUAAGACUAGUGAUGCUGAUGGUGACCACCCUACUGAUAUGGAAGAAGGGAAAACUGAUUUAAUCACCAAUGCUGAUGUUUUAACUAAAGAUUCUCAGGAUAGUGAGGCUUUAGUGGAGUCUACUAGCGUAAAUUUGAGUCGGAUACCUAAUUCUCCCGAAAGUACACAUUGAGACGGUUUUUAUUUUCGUUUUCUAAUGCCAUCCUUUCCCCGGGAGCUCCGAGGGGCCGCCGCGUAUGUUGCUUCAUCUUUGAGGUGCAUUUUUCAUGAUUUGCUACGGCAACUUGUCGUCCUUUUCCCAUUUCCUGUUUUGCCCUUUCUUGAGUAUAAUAGUCUAUCAUUUCCUGUUUUGAGUAA